AUGAGUUAUUUCUUCCUUUUACUUCUGUCUUUCUUUCUUUCUUUCUUUCUUUCUUUCUUUCUUUCUUUCUUUCAAACAUUUUGCAUUUUGCAAGUUUUCUUUUCAAUCUCUCCACCUCCUAUCUUUUUUUUUCUUUUCGUAGUCGCUUUUUCACUUCUUUCUACUUUUUGCCUACUUCUUUCUUUUUUCUUUCUUUUCACUCUCUCUGUUUUUCUUUCUUUCUUUUUCUUUCUUUCUUUGUUUCUUCCUUUCUUUCUGUUGGAUCACCUUGCUCUCUGUUUUUUUCUUCUUCCUUUCCUAUUUACUUUUUCUUUCUUUCUUUCUUUCUUUCUUUCUUUUUUCUUUAUUUUAUCUUUCUAUUGUUUCUUUCUUUCUUCUUUUCAAUCUCUACACUUUGUUUUUAUGCUUGUUUCUUGUAAUCCAAUCUUCUUUGUUUUUCUUCCUUUAUAUAUUUUGUUAUUCAUAUCCCUCUAUAUUCGACUUCUUUUUCUUUCUUUUCUCUCGCUCUAUUUUUGGUGUCUUUCUUUCUCUUUUUUCAUUCCCUCUAUUUUUUUAUUUUUCCUUUUCUCUUUCCAAAAUCUUUUUUCUUUCCAAUCCCACGAUAGUUUGCUUUUUUGUAUUUGUUAUCUUUCUUUCUUUUCACACUCUCUGAUUUUCCAUAUCUUUUUUCUCUCUUUCUUUUCACUCCCUCUGCUUUUCGGUAUAUUUCUGUUUUUCUUGUCACUCUCUCCUCUUUUCCGUAUCUUUCAUUUUCUCUUUCUUUUCAUCCUCUCCGCUUUUCCGAAUCUUUCUUUCACUCUUUCUUUUCAAACCCAGUUUUCUUUCCUACAUCUUUCUUUCUUUAUUCAUUUCAUUUUUUUCUUUCUUUCUAAUCUCUAUACUGUAUGCUUGUUUGUGCCUUUGUUCGUUUCGUUUCGUUUCGUUUCUUUCUUUUUUUCUUUCUUUCUUUCUUUUUUUCUUUCUUAUUUCUGUAUAUUAUUUCCCAUUAUCGUUUGCUGCAACGUCCACUUUCACCUUUUCAUUCCUAAAUCGUUCAUUCCUUUUACACAUCCAUUUCUUUUCUAA